AUGGCAAUGGUCAACAUGAAUAACCUACUGAACGGCAAGGACUCCCGGUGGCUCCAGCUAGAGGUUUGCAGAGAGUUCCAGCGCAACAAGUGCACCAGGCCUGACACGGAGUGCAAGUUCGCCCAUCCACCAGCUAACGUCGAGGUGCAGAACGGACGGGUCACUGCUUGCUACGACAGUAUCAAGGUAACCAACAACACAUUGUGUUACAUAAUCGAGUUUUCACAUAUUCUCGCCGGUUUCAUCUUCACCCGAUGA